AAAACAAACUAGGAUCACCUUAACCGCACCGUGAGGACUCGGUACAGACACGGCGCGGCUCAGCUGUACAGUGUAAAAUGGGCAGUGUUUAAUGAAUUACACCUGGACCGGCUUUGGAAAACGUGGAACUGGUUUAAGGCAGAAGCUCGGAGCUGUACCAAAUAAUCUGGCUGCAACGUCGAGGCUGCUGGAGCCAUACCUGACGUCAGAUGUAGCCAUUUGCUUUCUCUCCUCUCCUGCUCCGUUUGUAAAUAAAGCAGAGAGAUCCCGGCACUGUGUAAACUCGGUUGCUGCAAUUGCUUCUAAUUACUACAAAAUAGCGUUCUGUUGCUUUCAAUGGAAGGAGGGCCUUACUGCACAAACUGCGUAUGUACAUCACAUUCCAAAGACCUUCGGGAGAUCAACACUUAAGAGCAUCAUCUUUAUUUUGCGCAGUGAAGAAAUGUGCAGGUCUGAUUAGUUGUAACCGGUACCAUAUUAGCUGUACAGUUUAAGAAAACGGUCCUAGCGGUAACAAGGACACAGCAAACGGGACUGUACAAUGAUGACGGUGGGGCUUUUAUUAUAUUAUUAGUGUGAAGAACUUGGCGGUUUGAUUACUAUUACUUUUUUUGUUUUGCCUUGAAAUGGGAGCAUUAUCAAGCAGACAGAAUGCUGGAGUCGAGGAGCUCGACAUUCCUUCUAAUUCGGUCUACAGAUAUCCCCCAAAAUCUGGCAGCUACUUCGCCAGCCACUUCAUCAUGGGUGGGGAGAAGUUUGACUCCACCCAUCCGGAGGGCUAUCUCUUUGGGGAGAACACAGACCUCAACUUCCUCGGACACAGGCCCGUAGCAUUCCCGUACGCUGCCCCCCCUCAUGAAGAGCCAGUGAAGACGCUCCGCAGCCUGAUCAACAUUCGUAAAGACACGUUGCGCCUCGUCAGGUGCAGUGAGGAUGUGAAGGCUCCCCGGGAGGAGGUGGGGAAGGGGCGACUCUGCUACAACGUGGAGUUCACCUUCGAUGCUGAUGCACAGGUGGCCAUUACCAUCUACUACCAGGCCAUCGAAGAGCUCCAGAACGGAGUCCCAACGUACAUCCCUCAAGACAACGGCGUACAGUCGGAGACAGUGCACUUCAAACGAGGCGUGUGCCAGCAGUUCUGUCUGCCGUCUCACACUGUGAACCUGUCGGAGUGGAGCGAGGAGGAGCUGAUGUUCAACAUGGACAAGGAUGUGUACCCCAUGGUAGUGCAGGCCGUGGUGGGUGAGGGUGAAGAGCACUUAGGUCAUUCCCAUGUGUUGCUGGCCACAUUUGAGAAGCACAUGGACGGGAGCUUCUGUGUGAAGCCAUUGAAACAGAAGCAAGCGGUGGAUGGAGUCAGCUACCUCCUUCAAGAGAUUUAUGGCAUUGAGAACAAGUACAACACUCAGGAAUCCAAGGUGGCGGACGAUGAGAUCAGCGAUAACAGUGCAGAGUGUGUGGUGUGCCUGUCGGACGUGCGGGACACUCUCAUCCUGCCCUGCCGACACCUCUGCCUCUGCAACACCUGUGCGGACACUCUGCGCUACCAGGCCAGCUGCUGCCCCAUCUGCCGACUGCCGUUCCGAGCCCUGCUGCAGAUCCGUGCCAUGCGGAAGAAGACGAGCCCGCUGUCUCCAUCGGGGUUUAACCCCAUCAUCGCCUCGCACACCUCCGACUCGGAGGAGCACUCGGCCUCGGAGCACAUCCCUCCUGGGUACGAGGCAGUGUCCCUGUUGGAGGCUCUGAACGGCCCCCUGUCCCCCUCCCUCUCCGCCCCUCCUCUGCAUAUCCAGGCAGACGGGCACAUCUCAGGGGCCCUGCCCUCCUACACCAGCGAGGGCCACGUCCUGCCAGCCAGUUCCGUCUCCCCUCAUGACAGCCAGGACCUGAAGAUGAAGAAAAGCAUCUCCAACAGGUCCAUAUCCCAGAAUUCCUCAGUCCUGCCCGAAGAAGACGAUGAGAAGUCCCGCAGCGUAUCAGAGAUGAGGGCGUGUCGCAGGAAGAUCCUAGACGACCAGCCAGAGGAUUGUGGAGUCACUCCUGAGAGUGAGAACCUGAGCCUGUCCUCUUCGGGGGCCAUCGACCAGUCCUCCUGCACCAGCACCCCCCUCUCCUCCACCAUUGCCUCCCCAGAAGAGGCUAUAAGCUGCAGCCUGGCUCAGUCCGUGAUGUCCAUGGCCUCCUCUCAGAGCCGGCACUCCCAGCUCAGCACCGACACCAUCUCCUCCAUGUCAGGAUCCUACAUAGCCGGGGGUGCUGAUGGGGAGCCCCCUGAGACCCCCGUGGAGAGCUGGGGCCCCUCACAGGAGGGAGAGGAAACCCCCGUGGAGACUCAGGAAACCAACUUUUUGGCGAUCGAUGAUGAGGAACAGGACUCGGAGGGAAAUGAUGUCACUGAAGAGGAGUGUCCAUCGCCCACUCAGGAGGAGGGUGGGAGGAGGAGGUGGAGGAGGAGUGAGGCGCCCUGUCUUGAGUUUGACAAUAACAAUCAGGGCCUGAGUCGCAGCUUACCAGGGCUGGACAAUGAGCCCUGCCCUGAGGCCUGCAACGCUGAGCCGGGGUCCUGGGAGGAAUACAGGUCUGGAGGAGGGUGCCUGCAGCCCUGCAUCUCCGCGAGCAACAUCGACCUGGAGGAGGAGAGGGAGGACCACCCACAGCCCCGACACUGCGGACCACUGGCUGUCUGACGACAAUGGCACCAGGACCCAGAGACCCACCCGCUUCGCUGCACUCCCUGGAUCCCAAGAUAUCAACACCUUUCUAUUAUAAAUUAUAUAUGCUGCUGACCCAUGCAGGGUGGAACUUUGUGUUGACCAGAGCUGUUCAAGAAUAUUGGAUAUUUGGGUCUAGAUUUUGGAGUGAAUUUGGAUGUUUUCUUUGUUGUUGUCUUCUUUCUCCUGAAAAUACUCUCCCUUUUUAUUUGUUUGUAUCCUUAUAAACAAUCCUGGCUGAUAAUCAAAAGACAUCUACAGCUGUAUUUGUGGGGCUGCUCCCUGGACACUGUUUUGAUGCAAGAUAAAUGCUAAAGGAUUGAAAACCAGGGAUGCUAGGUAGGUACAUCUGCCUCCAGUUUCACUUUAGGCUUUCAAACUCACAUUGCAAUGCAUUCUGGAAAGUGCAGUCCUACUUCCCUUAAAGAAUAGAGAGAUACAGGAUACCAGAAUGCAUUGAGAUGGAGGUUAAAAACCCUGAGCUGUUCCAAGCUGUCCUGGUGAACAUUGAGCCAUUUGGUUACCGUAUUUCCAGCUUUCCUUUUUAAAAUUUCUGAUUAAAAAAAAAAAAACAACCUAAAAGAUCCAUUUGAAUUCUACAUUUAACUGGAUUUCUAAUAAAAUAGAUAAUGAAACACAAUUUCUGGGUCAUUCUGUAGUGUUUGUCACAAAAGAAAAUAGUUUUAAUAAUAAAAACCAAAAGGCUUUGAGAAUUUCGCCUACAGUUUUCUUUCAGACUUCAAAUCUCAAUUCUGAAUCUGCCAGUUUUGAAAGCAGCUGACAGUGUAGCAGUUUUCCCUGAUUAGCUGCCUGGAAUAGUGAAAAAAAAAGAAACAAUUUCUAGAGGAAAGUGAUUUUGAGCAUCCCUGGAAAUGUUUUUCAAAUCCUGCACCAGGACUGUUCUCACUGCUGAGAUCAGUGUGUUAUACCCUCGUUUUAUAACCUUGACGAACAGUAGUAGCAUCCCUUUCCCUUUGUUUUUUUAAUGCCCCCUUUUUGUGGUGAUUUUCAGUUAUUCCGAGGGGUUCAUAUUAGUUACACACAUACUGUAAGGUGAGCUAAGGAGCUGCUCUUUGGUUCUAGUUGUCAUAGAUUACAUGUAAUUUUGGCUGGAUUAAGUGUCAGAAUUGCUGAUCAAUCAGAACCCUGUCACAGAGAUUGUGUAUGGUGAAACCUUAUAGGAAAUCAGUACUCUGCAUUCUCAGUCACUGAAGUAAAGCGACUCCACAGUCUGAAAUAGUGUACCUGAAGUGUGCAUGUGUGUGUUUUUUGUUGUUUUGUUUUUUUUAAUGCAUUCACUUUUUGAAGCUGGAAAGGCAUCUGUUUGCAAGGAGGAGAAGGUAUGGCCAUACGGUGAAUGCUCAUUGUUGGAGUUCUGGACUGUAGUUGGUUUUAAUUGUGACAGCUACAUUCUUUGAUACAGUCAGAAAGCAGUUGCCUAAUAGCCUCUUGCUGCACCUACACCUUUCAGCAGGGGUUCCAUUUAAAGAGUCAAAGUGAAGCAACUACUUCCUGUAAAAGCAUUUAUGGGAAUGGGCAAACAAUUGUGUUUUUCUUUACUCCUAUAUAGAAGGAAUAAUAAACAAAUCAAGCAAUACACUUCCUAGUACCUAAUCAUGUUCUAUGCUGCCAGCCUGUCUUCAUGGUGCAAAAAAGACAUGGACAAUACAAUCUUAUCCAGAAGCUAGGCUCUGAAUCAUAGGCCCAUUUUAGAAUUGUUGCGUAAAUGUGGUGAAAGAAAAUGUUUUAGUUUUUUUUUUUUUUUAGAACUUUGGUUAUUAGUCUUUAAAUCUGAGAUUUCUGGUCCCUACACAUAAAACUGGACUGUUUAGGACUGUUUUUAAGGCCCAUUUUGCUUUAUGUUUUUCAUUUGUUAAAAGGAGUUCAUUCUCAUUUUUUUUGUUUUUUUGUUUAACUUAAAAUUUCUUAAACAUUCUUUAAAACAGCAUUUAAAGUUUUAUGAAUUGGGCCAUCUUUGUAAGCCAGCAAGAAACUGUGGUUCUAUAUGCCAGCUAGGAUUCAGCAGUACAACCUCCUAGCUCCUGGUCUUGAUCUCCAAACACUAGACUCCAAAGUAUAAUUCUAGUAAGAACUUUUCCAUUUUGUGGCCAAAUAGUUAAUCCAAGAUCUAAAAAUGUGGCAAACCUGCUUCAGUUAUAAUAAUAAUAAUUAAAAUUCCUCUGAGCAAUGAAAUGCUGCUGUUUCACCCAGUCUGUCUAAGAGCGUCACUCAUACCAGGUGGCAUUGCUCUCCUCAUUAGCUACCUGCCGUGAUUAUCCGCAAAACUAUUAGGUAAGAUAAAUCUGUGGGCAUUGGUGAUCUGUGUGCGUGGCGUCGACGUUGUAAUCUUUGUUUGGUAAUAUAAACAUGAAACUAUUAAAAAAAAUGGAUGAUGGACUACUAGUUACAGUGCCAUGAAAACACAGACAGGGUGCAUGUGUGAGGUCUAUAAUACUGUAGGGAGCACCACAGUAUAGCUGAGACCCGGCCCUGUCAAUACCUCUGCAACGUCCUUGUGUACAUUUGCAAUAAGUUGUAUCUGUUAAGGACAACUUUUAUGAAGUUCCGGUAUAUGAAAUCAAUAAAUACUUUUUAAAACUC